GGCCGGUCUGGGGAAUUUUCCUUGAACGCGGUCAACGGUCACACUCAGGCAUAAGAGCAAUAAAUAAAAUCAAUUUGUUUAUCAAUUUGAAUCGUUGCCAAGAAGACUGAGGCAUGGGCGUGACAGUGCUGCAACCGUACCCACUGCCCGAGGGCAAGUCCGGAGCGCACAUCAUUGAUCAGCUGGGCAAGCGCCUGCUUGCGCUGGGCGCCACGCACUCCGGCCAGUUCUUGGUCGACUGCGAGACAUUUAUAUCGACACCGCAGCCGCACAAUGGAGCGCCCGGGCGGGCGGUGCAUGUGCUGCACAACUCCGAGUAUCCGGCGUCCACAUUCUCCAUCAUCGACAAUGGCACCGGCAAGCAGGUGUCCCUUGUAGCGGACAAUAUCUUUGAUCUGCUGAUGCUCAAGAUGACCAACACGUUCACAUCCAAGAAGCAGACGAAGAUCGAGUCGCGCGGCGCCCGCUUCGAGUACGGCGACUUUGUGAUCAAGCUGGGCUCGGUCACGAUGAUGGAGCACUUCAAGGGCAUCCUCAUCGAGAUCGAGUACAAGUCUUGCGUGAUUCUGGCCUACUGCUGGGAGAUGAUACGCGAAGUGCUGCAGGGCUUCCUGGGCAUCGGAGUGGCCAAGGAGUUUCCCUCAUACUUUGCCACACAAACGAUUAUGACGGCGAUGGGCCAGCAGCAGCUGCAUGCCAAGCACAAUGAUAUCUAUGAGCCGAUGGACACGGUGAAGCAGUAUCUGGAGCAGUUCACCAACUACCGGAAGCAUGUGGCAUUGCACGGCGGCAUGGUGAGCGGUGGUGGUCAGGGAGGCCCCACAGUGGGUCAGCCGGGCGUACAUAUUCCGCCCUCGAGCAUGGUGGGCAUGGGACGACCUUGAUCCGCCGAUGUCAAGGUGGAGCCACCGGAUGCUCCAGCAACCGACUGAUGACCCAAACGAACUUCCCGUGGGUUUUAGAAACCUCCAACAAGGAUGUUCAUGUCAUAAAAAGGCUAAGGAAAGGUCUGUUUCGUCACAGGAUUGUUUUAGAUAUUGCAGAGCACUGAAUAGUUGUAACCCAAGGAUCGUAAAACAAGUAGGUUUAGUCCUUAGUCAAAAACCGAUAUACCCUUUUUAAAGUAAUACGUAAUUGCUUGAAAUGUCUAAGGAUUUCUGUGACGAAGCACGAUUGCAUUCAAAGCUACUUUUUAAAUAUGCAGAAUUAAAUUUAAUUAAGAGGUAUAUUUAUUUGACUUUUGUAUAAGCUCACAUUUGAAAAAAAAAAAAAAAUAAAUAAACCUCGUAGACGUACUGCGAAAUUAUUUUAAUAAACUUGCACUAUAGUUUGGUUAAUUUAAGAAGAAAUAAAAAUGCUGUUUGUACCAACAGGUAUAGGGGUCUGUAGGAAUAAUAGAAAAACACAUACAGGUAUUUCUAAUAAUUUAAAAACCUAUGUGCGAAUGUCCUUUGUCCCCUGAAAUACUAUCAAACAAUCCCUAUAUACAGCCAUUUUAAAGACAUCACUUACAUUUUUCAUUUUUUUUUUAAUAUUUUCUGCUUUAACACAAUAGUUUAUAUAUGUAUAUUAUAUAUAUAUAUAUAUAUUUAAUAUAUAGAUGUGUGUGGGGGUCUGUGAAUGUGAGUAAAAAUAUGUUGAAUUUUUCUUCUUCAUGAAAUGCGAAACAAUCGUAAAAAAAAUACAUUUUUGGGGCGAAAGCAAAGUCUUUUUCUUAUCUUAUCUUAUAAAAUGCAACGUUUAUUCAAGCCAAAAAAAAUAAAAAUAAAGAUCGUAAGUGAAGAGAAGAAAUGGAUCGUGGUAAAAUGUGUUAAUAUGUAUGUAUAACUAAGCAUAAUUAUGUGUACGCCGCAAAACACACGCAAAAAGUGAUAUACAAAUUAAGGAAUAUAUGUAUAUACGCGAUAUUUAAAAAAAAAAUCGUAGAGAUGAUAAUAUAAUGCGCUCUUAAGGAAUAGUAACAAUGUUCAGAAACUUCAAAUCAAUGGAAUUUGCGUAUAUACGUAGGUGUUAUACGGAUCGUAUAACAGUGGUUAAGUU